CUGCCUGGGGUAUGACACGUGGGCACAUCACACCUGCUCACUAACCAUGAAGGAGACAGACCGGGAGGCGGUAGCAACAGCAGUCCAGAGAGUUGCUGGGAUGCUCCAGCGCCCAGACCAGCUGGACAAAGUGGAGCAGUAUCGCCGAAGAGAAGCUCGGAAGAAGGCCUCUGUGGAGGCCAGACUAAAGGCUGCAAUCCAGUCACAGCUGGACGGGGUGCGUACGGGCCUAAGCCAGCUCCACAAUGCUCUCAAUGAUGUCAAAGACAUCCAGCAGUCACUGGCUGAUGUCAGCAAGGAUUGGAGGCAAAGCAUCAAUACCAUUGAGAGCCUCAAAGAUGUGAAGGAUGCCGUCGUUCAGCACAGCCAGCUGGCCGCAGCUGUGGAGAACCUCAAGAACAUCUUCUCAGUGCCUGAGAUUGUGAGGGAGACCCAGGACCUGAUCGAGCAAGGGGCUCUCCUGCAAGCACACCGGAAGCUGAUGGACUUGGAGUGCUCUCGGGAUGGACUGAUGUGUGAGCAGUACCGCAUGGACAGUGGGAACACUCGAGACAUGACCCUUAUCCACGGCUACUUCGGCAGCACACAGGGGCUCUCUGAUGAGCUGGCCAAGCAGCUGUGGAUGGUGCUGCAGAGGUCACUGGUCACUGUCCGCCGAGAUCCCACCUUGCUGGUCUCUGUGGUCAGGAUCAUUGAAAGGGAGGAAAAAAUUGACAGGCGUAUACUUGACCGAAAAAAACAAACUGGCUUUGUUCCUCCUGGGAGGCCCAAAAAUUGGAAAGAGAAAAUGUUUUCCAUCUUGGACAGAACCGUGACAACUAGAAUCGAGGGCACACAGGCAGAUACCAGGGAGUCUGACAAGAUGUGGCUUGUGCGCCACCUGGAAAUCAUAAGGAAGUAUGUCCUGGAUGACCUCAUCAUUGCCAAAAACCUGAUGGUUCAGUGCUUCCCUCCACAUUACGAGAUCUUUAAAAACCUCCUGAGCAUGUACCACCAGGCCCUGAGCACAAGAAUGCAGGACCUAGCAUCAGAGGACCUGGAGGCCAACGAGAUCGUGAGCUUACUGACAUGGGUCUUGAACACGUACACGAGUGUGGAGAUGAUGGGGAACAUGGAACUGGCCCCAGAAGUAGACGUCAAUGCCCUGGAGCCUUUACUCUCUCCUAGCGUGGUCUCUGAGCUGCUCGACACGUACAUGUCCACGCUCACUUCCAAUAUUAUUGCCUGGCUGCGGAAAGCACUGGAAACGGAUAAGAAGGACUGGAGCAAAGAAACGGAGCCGGAAGGCGACCAGGAUGGGUACUACCAGACAACGCUGCCUGCCAUUGUCUUCCAGAUGUUUGAACAGAAUCUGCAAGUUGCUGCUCAGAUAAGUGAAGAUUUGAAAUCAAAGGUACUGGUUUUGUGUCUUCAGCAAAUGAAUUCUUUUCUAAGUAGGUACAGAGACGAGGCCCAGCUGUACAAAGAGGAGCACCUGCGGAACCGGCAGCACCCGCACUGCUACGUGCAGUACAUGAUCGCCAUCAUCAAUAACUGCCAGACCUUUAAAGAAUCAAUCAUCAGUUUGAAGAAGAAGUACUUAAAAAAUGAAGCAGAGGAAGGCAUGUGUCUGAGCCAGCCAAGUAUGGAUGGGAUUCUAGACACCAUUGCCAAGGAAGGCUGCAGCAGCCUGCUGGAGGAGGUCUUCUUGGACCUAGAGCAACAUCUGAACGAACUAAUGACAAAGAAGUGGCUGAUAGGGUCAAAUGCUGUGGACACCAUCUGUGUCACUGUGGAAGACUAUUUCAAUGAUUUUGCCAAAAUUAAAAGGCCGUAUAAAAAGAGGAUGACGGCCGAGGCGCACCGGCGCGUGGUAGUGGAGUACCUACGGGCUGUCAUGCAGAAGCGCAUCUCUUUCCGGAGCCCUGAGGAGCGCAAGGAAGGUGCUGAGAAGAUGGUCCGGGAGGCAGAGCAGCUGCGCUUCCUGUUCCGGAAGCUGGCAUCUGGGUUUGGCGAAGACGUGGAUGGGUACUGUGACACGAUUGUCGCUGUGGCAGAGGUUAUUAAGCUAACAGACCCUUCCCUACUCUACCUAGAGGUUUCAACUCUGGUCAGCAAAUAUCCAGACAUCAGGGAUGACCACAUCGGCGCCCUGCUAGCCAUGCGCGGGGAUGCCAGCCGGGACAUGAAGCAGACCAUCAUCGAGUCCCUGGACCAGGGCCCCACGCCGGCGAACCCCGACUACGCGCCCCUCUUCAGGGAGAUUGUUGUGCCCAGUCUGAAUGUGGCGAAGCUCCUCAAGUAGCCAGCCAUCUGCUCGUGUGUGGUCCUCUGUGGCUUCAUGUCCCUGCUUUCAGAAGUGUAUUAAAGUGGAUGUCCCUCUCCAGGGCCACCUUUGGUAGUCUUAGCUACAACCUGCCUGUCCUUUCAGGUGCCCAAGUGUGUGUGGGUGAGGGCCGUGGGGUGGCUUCUGGGUGCCUGAUUCUGUGGAUUUUCCACCCUCCUGUAAGCGUGCUUCGUGAGGACAUCUUUGUGGAAAGCCUCUCAGUCACUUGUGGGAAAUGGGUGUCCCUUACUUCCAUCAUGGGCCUUGAUCUGCCCAGCACACACACGCAGGACCUUUGCCACCUGAUGAAAAGAAGCAAAAGCCAGGUGGUUUCGGCCUAGUGAUGACAUUCCAUUCUCAGAAGCUGCUGUCGCUGGGCCCAGUUCCACCCUGGCUUUUCUGACUGCCCCUAGGCCAGCACCUUGGUCCAUAUCAGAGAGGAACAGCUCACCUGCUGGAUGCAGGGAGCCUACCCAGGUGAACAGAGCCCCACAGGGUAGUGCCAGCUGUGUCAGACACCAGGAUGAGCAGCGCCAGGAGCAUGUCAGUAGAAAUGGAUAUGAAAUGAAUAUUGGGAAUAUGUUUCAAGAUGUGUAUGUCAUGCUUAUUUGUGAUGCACAAUACCUAAAAUAAUUCUUCUCUAACUUAGCCUUGCCUCUAUAGCAUCUGCCUUCAAUGGUAGCAUCAUUUUUCAUUUAUCUUUAACUUUUUUUGUUGUUUUCGGUGGUGCUGUGGAUUAAACCUAGGGCAUCGUGCAUGCUAGGCAAGUGCUCUACCAUGGACCUACAUCUCCAGCCCUUUUGAGACAAAAUUGCCCAGACUGGCCUUGAUCUUGCAGUCUUGCCUGCCUCAGCCUCCUGAGUAAUGAGAACUACAGGUGUGCGCUACCAUGUCCUGCUCAGUAAUCUUUAAGCUGCUUAAGAGAAUGGCACCCAGAAUGAGCAGUGACCCCUGGGUCCUUGUAGACUCUGCAUGCCUGUUCAACAGAGCAGUGCUGCAGCUCCAUGAGAGGAAAGACAUAGCUGGUGUCCCUUUGCCCUGGCUCCCUGUGCACACAAAGGGUCACCCCGUCCUCUGGAUCCCAAGUAGGUGAGAGGUGGAGAGAGUGGCAGGACAGAUGCUGCGGGACAUCUUCCACGGGCGGUGUGGGCUGCAUACCAUGUGGCCACUUAGCAUGUGUGGAUGAGUGUCACGUUUUCUCUCCCUCUUUGAGAUGGCAGAGUUGAUGUUCUUCUUUUAUUUCAUCCUCACAAGCUAAGGAAAAUUCACUAAUAGGCUUUUGUCUCAGACUGGAAUUAAGUGCAAAUUGGAGAGUGAUCCAGGAGUCUCAGAAGAGACAGAGCCACCCGGGUGACAUCCAGCUGCUGCUUGUUUGUCCUCUCUGUCAGCCUGCAGUGGGUGUGACUUGAGGGAUCUGGAACCCACCAUGCCAGCCAUCAUUAGUUACUGUACAGUACAAACCUCCUUGCAGGAGACCUCAGGAAGGAGGGCCCAGUGUGGACAUCCAGGUGACAGCAGCGUUCCCUGUGGCUUCUGCUCCUGUGUGCUCUGUUGUAGGCCAUGGUCACUGUGGGCCCAUGAGGACUGAGUGCUGGCUCUGGCCAGACUGGAGCACAUUUGGAGGCAAGAUGUGCUGGCAGCCGUGGGAAGGGCACUGUCUACUUCCUGGCAGAGCCCUGGGCUAGGUCACCUCCGAGCUGCUCAGGAGGGGGCACUGCUGUGCAGGCCUGGGCAGGCCCAUCCCACAAGGAAGGCUGGAGUUUGCUUCCUGCACAGCAUGGCCAGGCAGCUGCUGCCGGAGAAGCCAUGUAAAGGGUUCUUGUCCAGAAGCCUGGUCUGGAAGCAUUGUAGCCCUUGCUGCCUGCAGCCCCCAGUUCCAUGGCUCAGUUCCUCCUCCCUAGGCCAGCAGAAGAGUUCCUUGGUCUCAGUCCCAUCCAGUGAGUUCCAGAGAAUGUGGAGAAAGGGACCCCAGUGUCCCUGCCCUCCAUCCUUCCUCUGCUGACACAGUUCUCAAUGGUGGGUAAGGUGCCUCCCCAUGGCUGCCCUACGUGGACUGGACCGGCAGACAGAGCCAAAGGGAGGUGGAGAAACAGCUACCACUACUCACCACUUCUCCGUAGGCCAAAUCGCACCCCCCACCCUGAAAAGAGGCCUGAGAUCUUAACCUCUGGACCUUAUUCAGAAAUGGGAUCAGAGCAGGUAUGACUGCAGCAUGUGGGGACACAGUGGGAGGGGAUGCAGGUCAUAGAGAGAGUUAGAGGGAAGUGUCUGAGAUGCCUGAGAUGCCAGCAGCCAGUGGAGCUGGAAGAGACCAGAGGAUCGCUCUCAUCCCCGGGCCUCCGGGACGACUGACCUUGUGAGCCUCCUACUGGGGUUGUUACAUUCUGGUUCAUUGCUUUGAGAUGACUGUGAAUUCACUAGUUAGACUCCUCUUAUGAACAGUUUGGGGACUCUGAUGUGCAAUUUUAACAUAAGCAUUGUAAACAAUAAUUUCUGCCACGUAGACCUAACUUCUGACCUGUUGGAGGUUCCACCGGCACAGAGAGGCAGCUCAGAGCCCCUGGCUACCCCACAUCCUCAUCUCGACCUGCCAAGGCCCCCUUAUCUAUCUGGAUGCAGGCUUGGUGGGUGCUGCCCUACCACCCAUCCUGGUCACUGCCCAGCUCGCUCCAAGGUAGCGCUGACCUUUCUCCAUCUGUACCAGUGGCACCCACUGUGCCCAGCACGUCACAGCUGUGCCCGGUGACUUCCUCACGGACGGCGUGGGACACGUUUGUGUCAACGUGGAAUACGUUUGUGUCAACGUUAAGUUCAGUACAGAGUGACGCCUGCCUACAGGAGACUGAUCCUUAUAUCUUGGGUUUCUCAUUUACAAAGUUUUCAUCCAAAAUGCCUUGAAAUGUUUUAACAGAAUUGGUCAAUUGGACCUGGGAUGUAGCUCAGCAGCACAGCACCGGCCUGGUAAGUGGGAGGCCCUGAGUUCAAUUCCCAAU